AAAGCCGACGAACGAUAGUUUUGUUAAACGUAUAUUACAUCAGACGUUGGUCGGCCGUUUAAAAUGCGGUCUCUAGUGCUUGUUUUAUCAAUUGUGACAUUAUGUGCGAGUGAAAAAGUUUCAAAUACCAGUGGUAUAGCUUCUCACCCUAAUUAUGGUUUGGUGUAUUUUGGAACUUGUGGUGAAGAUAUAGACAUCACGCAAGAAUUUCGCCGCAGUUUCUACGAGUUUACUGUUGAUUUAUACCAGCGCAUAGCUGUCCCGACAGCGGGCCAUUUUGUAUUCUCCCCGCUGUCAAUAUGGAUGUCUUUAGCUGCACUUGCAGAGGGCUCCGAUGGCCUCGCCAGACAGGAGCUAUUCAAACUGCUUAGAUUACCAGAAGAGAGAUGCAUUCGACAACAAUUCUAUGCUCUGAUCUCUAGACGAGAACUCUUGGGCGAUGACGUAAUACUAUCAAGAACUCGCUUGUUCAUAUAUGAUGAGAAACUAGUUAUUAAUAAAAAUUGGGAUAAUUAUGUAUGUAGUCAUUGGUUAGUUGGAAUAAUUAAAGGAACAUUGCGAAAAAAUCCUAAAAAGGCCCUGCAGUCAAUGCGAGAUAUCUUUUCAGCGAAACUACCAAACUUGGAUUUGAAUGGUAAUUCUGUUAUUUUGGACGCUCUUGACUACGACGGAUUGUGGACAACAGCCUUUCUUGAUUCAAAGCCUGAAAUAGCACCAUUCUAUAAUGACCUUGGUGAAAAAAUAGGAACAGUGGAAAUGAUGCGAUUAAACAAACGUGUUAGAAUGUCGUAUAAUGCAGAAUUGAAGAUGAAAAUCCUUGAUUUGCCUGUAGGUCAGAAUGGUCGGUAUCGCUUCAUGUUUGGUGUGAGUGCCAAAGACGGCACUGCAGGACGUAGUAUUAAAUUAGGAAGCAGCAAAUAUAUAUUUGAUAUUAUUCAGAAUCGGAGACUCAGUAAAAUACCUAUAGAUGUGGCUAUACCGAAGUUCACAUUGUCGUCGGAAAUUGAUAUUAGAAGUAUUUUAGAAGAACUCAAAUUAAAGUCUGUGUGGACUGAUCCAUGGGGAACUAAAAAUAUUUCGGAGCCGGCGGCGUUACCUAGCGGCUUCGUACAACGUGUUACAAUAGAAUUGGAUAGACCUGGCCUAAAGCCUUGUCCACAUGAAGUCACUACACCAGUUAAAGGCACAGACAAGGAGACAGGGCUCGAACCAGAACUUGGAAAGGAGUUCAUAGCUAAUAAACCAUUUUUAUUUGCAUUUUUCGAUACAGAAACCUUCACAGUUUUGUUUGCAGGCGUGUAUUCUAAGCCUGGUGGCAAAAUAUGAUUUCAUUGUUGAAGCUUCGUCAUUUAUAAUUUUUAAUCCAAAUAUAAUACUACUAUGUGUUGUCGCUGUCUGAAUUUAUUUUCAGUUCAA